AUGUUGUACCAUGAGGAGCUCUCUGCCCGCAAGCCCCAAGCGUUCCCUUCUGGUGCUCAGACCUCGGUUGCAGAUAUCAAGAGAGUUAACAAUCUUAUCAAUGAUCAAGAUUUUUUUGCCCUGAGGUCUAUCAGAAUUCCAGUGAAAAAGUUCAGUGUACUGACCGAAACACAUGUCUCUCCAAAAGGAAGACCAGUCCUUCGGCCUGCUCACUGUUCCCCAGAAGUGCAGGAAACGUCACCUUCUGAUAAAUUCUCUGCUAAUGAGACUGCUGGCAACUUCUUAAAAGAAGUGGAUCGAGAUAUAGAAGAAAUAGUGAAGUGUAACGAUACAAAGAGAGAGAAUCUUAAUGAAGUUGUUUCUGCCUUAGCAGCCCAACAGAUAUGUUUUGAAACCGAUGGUAAAACUAAAAAAUGCAAGGAUCCUUACUAUGGAGCAGAUUGGGGUAUAGGAUGGUGGACAGCUGUAGUGAUUAUGUUGAUAAUUGGCAUAGUAACUCCAGUUUUUUAUCUCCUGUAUUACGAAGUUCUAGUGAAAGCAGAUGUCAGUCACCAUUCUACAAUGGAAUCUUCCCAUUUGUUUGUCACAGCAGCAUCGCAUCAGAAACAAAUAGAAAACGGAAUAAAUCCAGCGAAUAUUAUAAAUGUUGAUAAUCAAGGAGAUCUUCAGCCUUAACAACGGAAAACCCCAGGCAACUGUUAUUCAUAGACACGUAACAUAGCAUUAGAUAAAGGGGAAACCAUAGAAUGCCAAAUGCAUAUGGGACGCAGAGAAAAUGAGUGCUGAUGUGUGACUUGCCUUCACGGGCAGUGUUCCAGUUCAAGGGUAUUUCUGUGGAUCAUGUAAUUUCUGAAUAUGCCUGAGACAGGUGAUUUUAAUGCAAGAUUGGGAUAUAAAUUAAGGUAUAAAGUUGUCUCUGAAGCUUUGCACUUUUUUCUAUUUUGAUAGGCAUGUGUUUUUUAAUUAAUAAUGAGGUGAAAAAAUGUAGUUUGAACUAACACAUGAGGAGUCUCACUGUAUGUUUUACAGCCCUAAAACGGGCAUUUGGGGAUAUCUAACUUUUAAACAUCUUAAAGUAUUUAUAGAAUGCAUAGUACACUUGACAUUUUAAUACCAGGUUUACAAUUGUCAGUUAAAACUGCGUUCUUAUAAUUUUAUCUUUCUUAUAGAGUAAGAUUUUUUUUUUAAAACCCAAUCAUUCCAUAAUUAAUUGCCACUAUGAAGUUCUUUUUCACAAGUGACUUUUAUAGAGGUAGUACUUAAGCUGGAAUCUUCAAAUCUUGUGCCCGUGGUCAACCGAUUCUUUAGUGCUUUUCAGUACAGGCAGUAGGAUAAUUUGUUUUCUAUGCGUGCGACACUGUGCCUCAACACAGUCCAGGUGAGAGAGUCAUGCUGAAACUUCACAUCCCUCUGUGGUAUCCUACUGAAAACUGACUGGACUGCACUUCUCCUCUGGUCAGCUGUGUAUAGAACGAAAGAAGUGCAGAUGUGGGGCACCUUACUGUGACUGCUUCAGCAGUUUAUUUUAUGCUAAUGGCUUUUUUUUGUCCCCCCUCCAGUUAAUCUCAGUUCAGGACCAACUGAUUCUUUGGACAGCAGUCACGUGGGUACUGAGUAUGCUAAUGGUCGUGUGCCCAUGAACCUCAAACACUAACUUUUUCCUGAAAUCUCCUAGAAAACUUAAAUGAGAUUUAAUGGCUGCUAGCAAGAAACUUAAAUUGCAGCAGAAUAGAGCAGUUGCAGCUUCAGACUUGUUCUUUAUGUAGCAGUGUAUUCAUCAACCACUCUGUUCUUCAAUGUUUUACUUGUGGUUUCAUGAACAACCUUGUUUUUCUCCUCUCUUCUUCCCUAUCUGAAAAUUCUACAAGAUAAACAAAAAAAAUCCCGGACUCUUCCUACAGAAAGGAGGUACUUGUGUACUCAGAAUAUUUUUAAAUAAAAACUGAGAUGCUGCC